AUGGCUAACCAAGGGUUUCAAAGUCCUCCAUCCACUCCAAGUGAGCCCACACUAGACCUCACAGCUUUCUCUCCGCAAACAUUGCAGGACUUGAGCGAUCAUAGUUUUCUUGACGAUGCGUGGAACGUGGAGGACCAGUCCUUCCAUCCUUACAUACCACUAAACCCGGAGUACGUAAAUCACUUUGAUCUCGGCAGAGGGCUUCAUACGCUGCCCUCGCCCCACACGAAUCAUAAUCAGCCCUCAACGUUCGACAUCUCAGCAUUGCCAUACUCACCUUUGGAUUCCGAGGCAGUGGCCGUUCCAAUCCCCUCGCAACCUGAGAAUGACUUACACGAUGCUUUGCACCCGACAACCGUAACUCUGCCACCGAGUCCGUCCUUCAACUCGCGAAAGAGAAAAAGAAUCAUGUCCGAUCAAAAUCCAUGGCAACAGAAGUUUGCCUGCCCCAUAUUUCGAGCGGAAGUCGAGAACGGUCUUCCGCACAACUGCAACGGCAAAGGCGGGAACACCAUGUCUGAAGUUAGACGACAUUUGACACGACCUUCUGGUGGCUAUCCAGCCCAUCUCUCAUUCCUCAAGCGGUGCACGACAUGCAAUAAAGAUGUAAUCGACAAGUCCAAAUUCGCUGAAAGUCAUGGCGCAAAAUGUCACGAUCCUCAGCCAUUGAAGAAGAAGGAUGCAGCAUACGAGCAGUACCAAGCACUCUACAACCUACUAAAGGAAUCUGCUAUUGUUAAGUCCAAAGAAGCCAGCCCAUGGGAACCCGAGCGACAAACUGAUUCUGGAGUUGAGGCUACCGUGCCUUCAGUCGCAGAUACAUCCAUUACCCACUUGCCCCUUUCCAGGGCAGUAACAACACACACGCCCUCGGUCGUAACACCACUACCUGAUCUUGGCUCCAAGAAGUCAUACUCAACUCCUUGGGCACUGUUGGACUCUGAUUCAGACGACCCACCGCCCCAAUACGAAACAGAAAACUCACCAGAUGUUGAGGCAGUGACGGCCACGUACAACAGAGCCGGAGUCUCGGAGAGUAGGAUGGACGUUGAGGACUGCUCGAUACACUCGGCCCCAAGUUGUUCACAGUCACCUUCUACAUGGAUGAAUCUUGCCUAUGAGCUUCCGUGA